AGAACUCAGGCAAGAUAUACUGCGCAAAUUGAAUAAUCAAAUGUAAAAAUGUUUUGAAACCUUUACCAGAUCAAUAUUAAUUGUAGGUCAUUAACGCUACUAAUUCUGAAUGAUCACGACGUCCUGUGAAGUUGUCAAUCAAAUGAACUAGCCAAUCGCCUUAAAGGGCGUUGUCGCGUCCGUGUUUGUGAUUGGGCGGCAGAGCGCGUACGCGCGGUGACGUCACCACCGGUACCCAAGCAGUUGCAGCGUGUGAACAUGGCGAACAUCAGAAGUGUCAAGGGUAUGGUGGGUCUGGUGACAGGAGGGGCCUCUGGUUUGGGCAGAGCCACAGUGGAGCGGCUCCUCAGUCAGGGGGCCAGUGCUGUGAUCCUGGACCUGCCCAGCUCAGAUGGACACAAGGUGGCUGCUGCUCUCGGAGACCGAUGUGCAUUUGCACCUACUGAUGUCACGUCGGAGUCAGAUGUAAGAUCGGCUGUGGAUUUGGCCAAGCAGAAGUAUGGCAAAGUGGACCUGGCGGUGAACUGUGCUGGGAUAGCUGUGGCUGUGAAAACAUACAACUUUAAGAAGGACCUUCCUCACAGUCUGGAGGACUUCACUCGUGUUAUCACUGUGAACAUUGCUGGGACUUUUAAUGUGAUCAGACUGGCUGUAGGGGAGAUGGGAAAGAACGAGCCCGAUGCAGAUGGACACAGAGGCUGUAUUAUCAACACAGCCAGUGUUGCUGCUUAUGAUGGACAGGUGGGUCAGGCUGCAUACUCUGCCUCUAAAGGUGGGAUUGUGGGUAUGACACUUCCUAUUGCUCGGGAUCUUGCACCAAUGGGGAUCCGUGUGGUCACCAUCGCCCCAGGUCUGUUCUCCACCCCACUUCUAGCAGGAUUACCUGAGAAAGUGCAGAACUUCCUGGCCAGACAGGUGCCCUUCCCUUCACGUCUGGGAGAUCCAGCUGAGUUUGCCCACCUUGUGACUGCAAUAGCAGAAAACCCCAUGAUCAACGGCGAGGUGAUUCGCUUGGAUGGAGCUAUCCGCAUGCAACCCUGAAGGAAAAAGGGAGCAGAGUAGAGAGACUCCAGCUGAAAUACAUAAAACUGGUCUGUGACUGAAGACUUGAGACAUAUUAAGGAUUUUCAGCAUGAAGGCAGGAUAUUUUGUAUCUGAGUGGAAGUGCUACCACUAGCAUGAGUAUUUAAUUUGUAUUUUUUUUUUUGCCACUGGAAAUCUUGUAGAUUUUUCAAGUCUUGAGUCUGUCUCAUAUUUAUAUACUGACUGCACUUCUGUGCCAAAGCGGUACUGUCCUCUAAUGACAAAUGACUGAUGUGCCUCAAAAGUAAAUGCAUUUAUACUCUCGUAAGGUUCUACAGGAGUCAUGCAAACUAAAUGUCUCUGUAUCCACAACGUCUUUUUGUGUAAAAUAAAAUCUGUAAGUCAUAA